CUUACCUGACCAAAAGAAACACAUCAGAGUCGUUAUGAUGAUCGGAGUCGCUGGCGUUGGAAAAACCUUCUCAGUGCUGAAGUUCUGUCUGGACUGGGCCGAGGGUUUAGAAAACCAAGAUGUGGAUCUGGUGAUUCCUCUUUCCUUCAGGGAGCUGAACUUGAUCAAAGAUGAGCAGUACAGUCUUCUGGAGCUGCUCCGUGUUUUCCAUCCAACAUUACAGGAGGUCACAGCAGAGCAGCUCGCUGGCUCUAAAGUUCUCUUCAUCUUUGACGGCCUGGAUGAAAGCAGACUUUACCUGGAUGUCAACAACAAUGAGGCUGUUUCUGAUGUCACACAGAAGUCAUCAGUCAACGUGCUGUUAACAAACCUCAUCGAGGGGAAGCUGCUUCCCUCGGCUCUCGUCUGGAUAACUUCCCGACCUGCAGCAGCCAAUCAGAUCCCUCCUUUGUGUGUUGACAGGGUAACAGAAGUACAAGGCUUCACUGAUGACCAGAAGGAGGAGUACUUCAGGAAGAGAGUCAGUGAUGAAGAGCUGUCCAACAGAAUCAUCUCCCACAUCAAGACAUCCAGGAGCCUGAACAUCAUGUGUCUGAUCCCAUUCUUCUGCUGGAUCACUGCUACAGUUCUGGACCACAUGUUGACUACAGACCAGAGAGGAGAGCUGCCCAAGACCCUGACUGACAUGUCUUUUCUCCAGAAGAUUUCAAAGUAUAUUGGAAAGAAAGAUAGCCAUGGUGAUAGUGAACAUAACAAUGACCCAUCACUGGAUAACUUCCUGAAGAGAUGCAUAGAGAAAUCCCUUGAAAGUAAAAAUGGCCACCUGGACCUGUUUGUCCGCUUCCUUCAUGGCCUCUCUCUGGAGUCCAACAAGAGACUCUUAGGAGGCCUACUGGGUCAGACAGAAAACAGUCCAGAAAUCAUCCAGAGAGCCAUCAACAACCUGAAGGAGAUGAAUAAGACCAAUAUCUCUCCUGACAGAAGCAUCAACAUCUUCCACUGUCUGACGGAGAUGAACGACCACUCAGUCCAUCAAGAGAUCCAAGAGUUCCUGAAAUCAAAGAACAGAUCAGAGAAGAAACUCUCUGAGAUCCACUGCUCAGCUCUGGCCUACAUGCUGCAGAUGUCAGAGGAGGUUCUGGAUGAGUUGGACCUGCAUAAGUACAACACAACAUGUGAGGGAAAACUGAGACUGAUUCCAGCUGUGAGGAACUGCAGAAAGGCUCUAUUGUGGAGCUACAGUUUGUCAGAGAGCAGCUCUGCUGCUCUGGUCUCAGUGCUUAAGUCCAACCCCUCCCAUCUGAGAGAGCUGAACAUGAGUCACAACAUCAACCUGAAGGAUUCAGGAGUGAAGCGUCUGUGUGCUGGAUUGGAGAGUCUAAACUGUAGACUAGAGACUCUGAGAUUGGUUGCCUGCAGUUUGUCAGAGAUAGCUGUGCUGCUCUGGUCUCAGCUCCUGAAUUCAACCCUUCCCAUCUGAGAGAGC